AUGCCUUUCGAUCUUUCAAAGUGCGCAAGACCAAAUAUUCUGGCUCUCGAGCCUUAUCGGUGUGCACGAGAUGACUACAAAGAUGACGGCACCAACAUCCUGCUCGAUGCGAAUGAGAAUGCAUAUGGACCGGGACUGGCAUUGAACAACGACGGCAAACUUGUCAAUGGCUCUACGUCCAACAUCGAAAUCGAUCUGCUUGGGCUCAAUCGUUAUCCUGAUCCUCACCAGCACGAGCUGAAGCAGAUGCUGUGCAAUCUGCGUAAUACCCACGCCCACACAAAAAAGAACAUUACACCAGAGAAUCUCUUUGUCGGUGUUGGCAGCGAUGAGGCAAUCGAUGCUCUUCUGCGUGCAUUUUGUGCUCCUGGCAAGGACAAAAUCGUUACAUGCCCUCCUACCUAUGGCAUGUAUGCCGUAUCAGCGCAAGUGAAUGAUGUUGGUAUUGUCAAAGUUCCUCUUGAUGUGGAGAACAACUUUCGUGCUCAGCCUGCAAAGAUCAACGAGGUUCUCUCGUCUGAUCCAUCAAUCAAGAUGGUAUAUCUCUGCAGCCCUGGCAAUCCAACCGGCAAUAGUGUACGCAAGGAAGAUGUUCAAGCCGUGCUAGAACACCCCACCUGGAAUGGUAUCGUGGUACUGGAUGAAGCGUACAUCGACUUUGCACCGGAAAACUCCUCGCUCGCAGAAUGGGUGGCGGAAUGGCCGAACCUGGUCGUUAUGCAAACACUUUCCAAGGCUUUUGGCUUAGCAGGCAUCCGACUCGGUGCAGCCUUUGCGAGCCCUGAAGUAGCGAAGCUGCUGAACAGUCUGAAAGCUCCAUACAACAUCUCCAAUCCCACAUCACAGCUUGCCAUGCAAGCACUACAGUCGCAGAACUUGGCUGUCAUGCACCAGAACCGCGAGAAAAUUAUCUCUCAGCGGAACCGAGUGCUGGAGGGAAUGCCCAGGAUCAAAGGUGUAGGACGUUUCCGAGGUGGUAAUGAUAGCAACUUCCUUUUGGUGGAAAUGUGCGAUUCCCAAGGGAAGCCGAGCAACGAGGUAGCACUGCAAGUGUACGAGCGGCUUGCAGAGAGAAGAGGUGUCGUUGUCAGGUUCAGAGGCAAGGAGCCAGGUUGCUUCGGCUGUCUGAGAAUCACCAUUGGAACGGAACAGGAGGUGACGCGAUUUUUGAAAGAGAUCGAGAGCGUACUGAUCGAUGUCCAUGCGGGAACAGUCAGUGAGGUGUCAGGCAGAUUGGAGGAGGCAAAAGAACAGGAUGCCAACGGAAUCGUUGCGUAG